GGACCUGGCGGUAACCUUGGGGGCCAAGCCGCGGCUGCUGCCCAAGUGGCUUCGGCGAGUCUGAGCCGAAGCCCGGCCAGACUUGUGCUCUGCCCGGAGCCGUGGAGGUUGCGCCGGAGGGCGCCGAGGGUUGCAGCGAGCCGGCAGCCGGGCGCGGGGCUCGCUGGCCGACAUGUCUCUGGUGGCGGAAGCCUUGGUGUCGCAGAUCGCAGCUACAGAACCUUGGCCAGAAAAUGCUACAUUAUAUCAGCAACUGAAAGGGGAACAAAUUUUGCUUUCUGAUAAUGCAGCUUCUCUUGCUGUGCAGACCUUUUUGCAGAUGUGUAAUUUGCCUAUAAAAGUGGUUUGUAGGGCAAAUGCAGAAUAUAUGUCUCCAUCUGGUAAAGUACCUUUUAUUCAUGUGGGAAAUCAGGUAGUAUCAGAACUUGGUCCAAUAGUCCAAUUUGUUAAAGCCAAGGGUCAUUGUCUUAGUGAUGGAUUGGAUGAUGUCCAAAAAGCAGAAAUGAAAGCUUAUAUGGAAUUAGUCAACAAUAUGCUUUUGACUGCAGAGUUGUAUCUUCAGUGGUGUGAUGAAGCUACAGUAGAGGAGAUUACUCAUUCUAGGUAUGGAUCUCCUUACCCAUGGCCGCUGAAUCAUAUUUUGGCCUACCAGAAACAGUGGGAAGUCAAACGUAAGAUGAAAGCUAUUGGAUGGGGCAACAAGACCCUGGACCAGGUCUUAGAAGAUGUAGACCAGUGCUGUCAAGCUCUUUCUCAAAGACUGGGAACACAACCAUAUUUCUUCAACAAGCAACCUACUGAACUUGAUGCCCUAGUAUUUGGCCAUCUGUACACCAUUCUCACCACUCGACUGACCAAUGAUGAACUUUGUGAGAAGGUGAAAAACUAUAGUAACCUCCUUGCUUUCUGUAGAAGAAUUGAACAGCACUAUUUUGAAGAUCGUGGUCGAGGCAGGUUGUCUUAGAAUUACAUUUUAAUAUAGUUAUUUUUAAAAUAACUUGAAACAUGUUUUACUUGAAUGUUAUAAUAGACAUUGGUAUCAGAAUUUUAAAGCCAAAAACACUGUUCUUUUGCAUCCUCACAACAAAUAAUGUAUCCUGUAUGUAUUCUUUAUACUCUUCCUGCGUAUACAUUGUUAAUUUCCAAUUGUCUCGUUUGAUGUAUUGUACUCGAAAUCUUAUAAGCAUAUAAAAAUAAAGUUUAAACAACUGUA